AUGAUGGCUCAGAACCCCCGGACCAAGGGGGCGUUCCUCCCUACUGAAAUCGUCAUCGCCAUCCUUUCCUUUGCCUCGGACGAGGAUACGGUGAAUGAGAACUGGCAAUCGACGCUGUUCUCAUGCUGCUUGGUCUGCCAGCAAUGGUAUUCCGCCGCCAUUCCGUUUCUCUAUUCAAAGCCAGUCAUCUCUGCGAGAAACUACGACUCUUUUGCAGGAACACUAGAUGUCCGUGGCAAAGCUAGGCAUAAUAUACAAGAACCCCUGGGCAACUUUGUUAAGCAUCUUGACUUGGGGGGUCUUGCACAUAGCGGUAGCAAGAGUGUCACUGCAAGGCUGCUACGAGCCUGUAAAGAAGAGCUCGAGGUCUUCGUUGCGCCUGCGUCUACCUUUUCGGCAGUUAGUUUAACUCCUCUAAGCAAAUGCUUAAACCUAAGAAUAGUUGAUCUAUCCGUUUUGAUGACGAUAAUCCCUUUUCGGAGUAUACCGCUGGCUAUACGCAAUCUAAAGAAUCUGGAGACCUUACGGUUUCCACCAGAGAUGUCCAACAAGGGGUUGCCGAAAGUAAAUGACCCUCACAACGAAAAGUCUCCUCCCUUAUAUCAAUGGCCGCCAAAGCUGAAACGGCUACAGCUCUGGAGGGUACAUGACUCCAUUAUCCUGGGGAACUUCAUCUGGCCAGAAACAGUUACCGCCGUGACCAUGGUGGAAUCUAAUCAUUACCCAUUCAACACCAUCCUUCAAACGCUCUCCACUGAUGGCGCCCGCCACAGACUCCAGCGUGUUAGGAUAUUGAGCAACCUCCAAUCUGACGAAAUCUCUAUUCUCGCUCCACUUUGUUUUCAGAUGGAGAAGCUGAAAUUCUUAAGUCUGCAAGGUUGUGGGUGCGAUCCCGGUUUCUAUAGGAGAGUUAUCACCACGUCUCCUGAACCGGCUCCCCUGGAAAUACUAGAAAUAAGUCCUCUGCCGCCUGAACACAAGUUGCGGGUUGAGCUGGUAAGGGACCUCAAGACGGUAUUCGCAGUUGCGUUCCCACGAGUUCGGCUGUUAGGCAUUGCUGCGUCGUGUAUCGACUAUGUGUCUGAGUGGUUUGAGCUUGAGAUGGACAAGGUUCUGAUGGAGAAUGCCAGGAACUCGGGACACUACGACGAAGAGAAGCUCGAAAAUGGUAGAAUCCAGACCGGUGUCUACUAUUUUUGA